AUGUCCGCGUCAAUGUCCGUUCCUGAUGCCCGACUUGGCCUCACAUCGUCCGAGUGGCAGAUGGUUGUACACCAGCAACAGAUUGCGCUGCAGGGCAGCCAUAAUGGCAGCAUGAUUUCACGGGGGAGAGGUAUGGGGAGGAGCACAUCAAGUUCAAGAGCCGCCAGUGCUGCAAGCAGCCAGGGAAGGCUCCUCUUAGAUCCGGAUAGUCUCCAGGCUUUGUAUUAUCAGCUCGACCAUCUUCUGAGGGACAUUCGCCGGAGGAUUGAAUAUCUGAAUGAGCAAUCCGAACUUUCAAUACAAAACACCUAUGACCAAGCGGGAAAUGUAAUUGCGGAUGCAGACGUGGAAAUAGCACGUGUUCGACAAAUCAUUGCCUCUAUCGACGAGCUGGAGAUGGAGUUUGACAAGAUCAAACGGAUUCGAGAUAUCGUCAAAGGUUUUCGCGCCCGGGUAGAAACCUUGGAUCAUCGCUUGGAUCAAGCAUCGCGCAGGCGGCGUUGA